AUGCUCGAUGGGUCGAGCCCCCAGGCUGGAAAGAUUUGGAAGAAGGCCCACCUAACCUUCCUAUUUGAUGGCAAACAAAUGACGGAAACCUUCCUGAUUUGCAAUACCGGAUCACACGCUGCCAUCUUGGGAAUCAAAUGGUUAGAGAACCAUAACCCCAAAAUCGAUUGGAACUCGCGUACCCUUUCCUUCCCUCACACACCCCCGGAACACAUAGCUAUUGCCAAAGAAGAAGAAGCUGACAAGAACCCCCUUGAAGGAGUACCCUCCAAGUACCAUCAAUAUGCAAAGGUAUUUGGGGAAGAAGAAUUCAAUAAGCUUCCCCCUCAUAGGCACUACGAUAUUGGUAUUGAACUUACGGAAGAAGGACCCCUGAACUCGCCCCUUUACAGCAUGACUGAUGCCGAAUCCGCCACACUCAAGGACUGGCUCAGGGACAAGCUCAAGGCUGGGAAAAUCCGCCCCAGUAAAUCAUCAAUCAGCUCCCCGGUUAUGUUUGUACCCAAGAAGGAUGGUUCCCGUCGGCUUGUAGUGGAUUAUUGUUGCCUGAACAAUCGGACAAAGAAGAACGUCUACCCGUUACCCCGUCCUGAUGACCUCAUGGCCCAGCUCCGCGGUGCCAAGGUCUUCACCAAGCUAGACCUGAGAUGGGGUUACAAUAACGUCCGUGUCAAAGAAGGCGACGAAUGGAAAACAGCCUUCCGUACCAAAUAUGGUCUAUACGAAUCCCUGGUUAUGACCUUUGGCUUAACUAACGCUCCUGCGGCCUUCCAACACUUCAUGAACAAACUGUUCAAGGACCUAUUGGAUGUAUGCGUCAUCAUUUACCUUGAUGACAUCCUAAUCUACUCGAAGGACGACGCAACCCAUACUCAGCACGUCCAUGAGGUCCUACAGCGCUUAAUGGAGAACCAAUUGUUCUGUAAGGCAUCCAAGUGCACAUUCCACGUCACAUCAGUGGAAUACCUAGGAAUAAUCGUAUCGGACAAGGGAUUCAGCCUGGAUAAGCUCAAAAUCCAGGCAGUCCAAGAUUGGCCCACGCCCACUAAAGUCAAGGAAGUACAAUCAUUCCUAGGCUUCGCCAACUUCCUACGCUGUUUCGUUGCCAAUUUCAGCCACAUGGCACGACCCCUACACAACUUGGUUAAAAAGGACACACUCUGGAAAUGGGAAGCCAAGGAACAGGAAGCAUUCCAAGGACUGAAAGAGGCCAUCACAAACGCCCCCGUGUUAUGCCAUGCCGACCCUACUAAACCCUACUUCCUCGAAACAGAUGCAUCUGGUGCUGCCCUGGGCUCGAUACUUAGCCAACGCCAAGAAGAUGGACGCCUCCACCCGCUUGGUUUCCUAUCCGAAUCAUUCAAGGGGGCCGAGCAGAACUAUGACACACAUGAUAAGGAGCUCUUAGCAAUCAUUCGCUCCUUUGAAUAUUGGCGCAUAUUCCUGGAAGGCACCGCACACCCCAUCACGGUAUUCACAGACCAUCGCAACCUCGAGUAUUGGAAAGAAUCCAGGACCUUCAACCGUCGUCAUGCCAGGUGGCACCUCUUACUAGCAGGAUAUAAUUUCCAAAUAGUCUACCGCCCUGGAAAACAGUCCGGCAAACCAGAUGCAUUAUCCCGCCGCGCCGAUCACGCUGAUAUCCCACCUGCUGACCAAACAAUGCUUCCCAAUCCCGUCUUCGCCAACAUUGCAUUAGUCACACCGGAAAAGGAACUACAACGCCGCAUUGAGUCAAGCCUAGACCAAGACGAGUCCCUGGAAGAGAUCCUACAAUUCCUACAGAACAAAUCCAAGGCCCCGCCCUCCAUUAAACGCGCGUUCAAAGACUAUGAAAUGGAGGCCGGUCUACUACUUUACCAAGGACGGAUUGUGGUACCUGACGUGGGGACCCUACGAACGGACCUACUGCAAAUCUUCCACGAUAGCCCAUUGGCUGGCCACCCAGGUAGACAACGGACCUUAGAAUUGGUAUCCAGGAAUUACUAUUGGCCCGGUAUCCGUGCCGACACAUACUGGCACGUAGACUCAUGCGAAACCUGCCAGCGGAUCCGAAAACCUAAGUACGCGUCCAUACCACCUCAGCCCCUGGAACUACCAUCACGCCCUUGGCAACACGUGUCCUAUGACAUGAUAGUGGAUCUGCCCAAAGACGGAAACAAUGACUCCAUCCUGGUCAUUGUGGAUAGUUUCACCAAAUACGUGAUCCUAGUUGAAUGCUCAAAGAAACUCAAAGCUCCGGAACUGGCAGACCUGUUCCUACGACACGUGUGGAAGCGUUAUGGCAUGCCUGAAAAGACAGUAUCGGACCGGGGAAGGGUGUUCAACAAUAGGUUCCUAAAGGCCCUGUACCAGCGCCUGGGAAUAGACCCCCACUUCUCCUUGGCCUACCAUCCACAGAGCGAUGGGCAAACCGAGCGCGUAAAUCCUACGGUCGAACACUUCCUACAGGCCUAUUCAGGGAUCAACCAGAGGGACUGGGUAAAAUGGCUCCCAAUGGCGGAGUUUGCCUAUAACAACGCGGUUCAUAGCGCCACAAGCAAAACUCCAUUCAAGGCACUCUACGGAUGGGAACCGGCACUCACACCAAGCAACAUCCCGACGGAUGUUCCUGAAGCUGAUGACCUGGCCACUCAGAUGGAAGCACAAUGGCGGGAAAUAGAAGCGGCACUUUGGCAGUCAAAAGCACGUAUGACAGCCGGGGAAAUAGGAGAACCAGUAACCUUUGAAAUUGGGGAGGAAGCCUGGCUAGACGCCAAAAACGUGAAGCUGAAGACCCUGAGUCCCAAGCUAACGGAACAACGCCUAGGCCCCUUCAAAGUGACCGAGAAGAUCUCCGACCGCGCAUACCGCCUGGAACUCCCACCGUCCAUGAAAAUCCACAAUGUCUUCUAUGUGGGACUACUGUCAAAAGUGAGAAGGGACAAUAAACGCGCAUUUGAGAACCGGCCACCUCCAGUCACCGUGGACGGAGAAGAAGAAUACGAGGUAGAGGGAAUCACAGAUAUGGAAAAAAGGGGCGAGAAAUGGUUUUUUAGGGUUAAAUGGAAAGGCUAUGGAUCAGAGGAGAAUACUUGGGAACCAAGGGAAAACCUCAGAAACGCGGAAAAAAUCCUGAAAAAAUUCGAAAAGGAGAUGAAGGAAAAGGCCCUCGGCGCUGCCAAGGCCCUUAAAGGGGGGGCAGUGUCGUAG